AUGGCUCGCGGUUUGCUGGUCACAAAUACCACGGUUGUCGUCAUCGUCGGUUUCUCUGGUUUCUCUACAUCCAGUCGAAAAAUCUUCGAAAUUCCAGCCCAGUCAUGUGAGCCAAUAGCACAAAUACCGCACCCUGAACUCAGUCGAUGCUGCAUCUUCCCCAAUGCCGGUACUGCGGCUGCGAAACCAUGCCACGAUCACGCCGUCACCUACCGAACGGGCUAUUAA